GUCAAGGGGGUGUCGGUACGCCUUGUACUUCAUGUCCCAGAAAACACUGCGCCAUGUGCGCUGUGUGUGUAUGUGAGGCAGAGAGCGAGAGUGGAAGAUUUAGGAAUUCGUCUGCAGACUUGGGGCUUCGCUGUUGCAGAAAUAAUGGACUAGCAGUCCGUAUAGCUGCUAGCAUUUCCUCGUGCAUUUUUGUGGUUUGGGUUAUGAGCAGCGGUAAGACGCCUCUCUACAACUGAGACUCCAGAGGAGCAGCAGCAACCAACACAGUAUCCAUCUACCAGACAGCCUCUCUGCCCUCCUCCCCAGCAGACUCCAGCACGGGAGCAAGAUGGAGGCUUCAUUUGGACCUGCCUUCUCAGCCGUGGCUGCUGGCGCUAAAGCAGAAGGGUCGAGUACCUACAAGCAGCAUAGAAGAACACCCUCCUCCUCCAGCACUCUUACCUACUCUCCCCGAGAUGACGACGAUGGAAUGCCUCCCAUUGGCACUCCUCGGAGGUCGGAUUCAGCCAUCUCCGUCCGAUCUCUCCAUUCUGAGUCCAACAUGUCUCUGCGCUCCACUUUCUCUCUGCACGAAGAGGAGGAAGACACGGAGCCCCAGGUGUUUGCUGAACAGCCGUCAGUAAAACUGUGCUGCCAGCUAUGCUGUAACGUCUUCAAGGACCCCGUCAUCACAACAUGUGGGCACACCUUCUGCAGACGAUGUGCCUUGACUUCAGACAAGUGCCCUGUGGAUGCGGCUAAGCUAACGGUUGUGGUGAACAACAUUGCGGUAGCCGAGCAGAUCGGAGAGCUGUUCAUUCACUGUAAAUACGGCUGCAGGGCCACAGCCAGCACUGCGGGCGGGGCCACAGCCCCCACCUCCACUGUGGCCGGGAAACCUGGAGCGUACGAGGUGGACCCACUGGGCUGCCCGUUCACCAUCAAACUGUCCACACGCAAAGAACAUGAGGCCAGUUGUGACUACAGGCCAGUCCGCUGCCCCAACAACCCCUCCUGCCCCCCCCUGCUCACCAUGAACCUGGAAGCUCACCUCAAAGAAUGUGAGCACAUCAAAUGUCCACACUCCAAAUAUGGCUGUACGUUCAUUGGUAACCAGGACACGUAUGAAACACACCUGGAGGUGUGUAAAUUUGAGGGUCUGAAGGAGUUUCUGCAGCAGACUGAUGACAGAUUCCAUGAAAUGCAGCUGACUCUGGCCCAGAAGGACCAAGACAUUGCUUUCCUGCGGUCCAUGUUGGGCAAACUAUCAGAGAAGUUAGAUCAGUUAGAGAAGAACCUGGAGCUCAAAUUCGAUGUGCUGGAUGAGAACCAGAGUAAACUGAGCGAGGACCUGAUGGAAUUUCGCAGAGAUGCCUCCAUGCUUAACGACGAGUUGUCCCACAUCAAUGCCAGGCUCAACAUGGGAAUCCUGGGCUCAUACGACCCCCAGCAGAUCUUCAAGUGUAAGGGGACAUUUGUUGGCCACCAGGGUCCCGUUUGGUGUCUGUGUGUCUACUCCACUGGAGACUUGCUCUUCUCCGGAUCCUCAGAUAAGACAAUCAAGGUAUGGGACACCUGCACCACCUACAAGUGUCAGAAAACCCUCGAGGGUCAUGAUGGCAUCGUACUGGCGCUGUGUAUCCAGGGAAACAGGCUAUACAGUGGUUCUGCAGACUGCACCAUCAUCGUGUGGGACAUCCAAACCCUGCAGAAAGUCAAUACUAUCCGUGCUCAUGACAACCCUGUAUGUACACUGGUCUCCUCCCACAACAUGUUGUUCAGCGGCUCCCUCAAGGCGAUUAAGGUGUGGGACAUCGUGGGUACGGAGCUGAAGCUGAAGAAGGAGCUGACCGGUCUGAAUCACUGGGUUAGAGCACUGGUGGCCUCCCAGAACCACCUGUACAGCGGCUCUUAUCAGACCAUCAAGAUUUGGGACAUCCGGUCUCUGGAGUGUGUUCACGUCCUGCAGACCAGCGGGGGCAGCGUCUACUCCAUCGCCGUCACCAACCACCACAUUGUCUGUGGCACCUAUGAAAACCUCAUCCAUGUGUGGGACAUUGAAUCUAAAGAGCAGGUGCGGACCUUGACAGGACAUGUGGGAACAGUUUACGCUCUUGCUGUCAUCUCCACCCCUGACCAGACCAAAGUGUUCAGCGCCUCCUACGACCGCUCACUCAGGGUGUGGAGCAUGGACAACAUGAUCUGUACCCAGACCCUGCUGAGACACCAGGGCAGUGUAACAGCCCUUGCCGUCUCCAGAGGGCGCCUCUUCUCUGGAGCGGUCGACAGCACCGUCAAGGUGUGGACAUGCUAAACAACUGUUUGCUCUGCAGGAGUCCAGACAACUUCACCUUGAUUGUGAUUUAACGGCCGCAGACCGAUAAUAACCACCACCUCACAAUCGAGCUGCAUCGGAAACUAUUGUACUUACUGUUGCUUUUAAAACUUCAAACAAACACUCCGGCGCCUGCACCCGGUCGGCAGGGUCGAGGGUCAACUCGGGGUCACGCUCCUUAGUGACCUCAUCACCAGUGCAUUAUGGGGCAAAAAAAGACAAGCUUGCCUUACAGCUGCGCCAAAACCGACUGGUCGCUGCACCCCUGUAAUCACUCUAGAUGGUCCUGCCUGCUAUCUGCGGACACACCUGCCAUUUAAGAACUGUACUGAUGAUGCAUAAUGCAUACUGUUCAAAUAAGUCUAAAGGCUGGGUUCACAAACAUAGAGUGAGACCACGCUCUCUCCAAAUGUAUAUGUUACGUUAUCCCAGAAUGCUCCAGAACAAAGACAAGAAUUUUUUUUUUAUGCAAAUGAAGUAUCAGCACUUUUAUGUUAGACCAUAACUAGAAAUUCUCUUUCCACAUAUUUUUAUUUGACGUGUUUAUCAAAGUCAAGUCACUUUAUUUAUACAGCCCAUUUAAAAAAAUAACAGGAGUAGACCCAAAGAGCUUUCCAAGUACACAGUGUACACAAAUACAUGUAUACAUGAACAAAGAGAUAGCAAAUAGAUAACAUAUACACAACACUAGUACACAAAUACACAUAAAUAAAAGGAAUAUAGAAUACUCUCAAAAUCAAAGUAACUAAAGGAAAUAAAUAAGAACGUCAGAUUGAAAUUCUGUGAGAGAACGAUUAAAAUAAACCACAUCUCAGCCUGCGACCUACUGUUAAAGUGCACAGUCGAAGGCCGCAGAUGAACCCAACAACUGAAUUCCAACUUCAUAUCUUAUGAUCGGACUUCAGCUUAAAGACUGCAUCCUGUUAUCCAUUGGCUAAACAUCUUUUCAGAGUUGGGGUGCUUUUUGGUUCAGCUCAAACAAGCUCUGGUGGUGCGUUUGCCUGUUUGGUUUGGUUCAUUUAGGCCGGUGUAAAGAGCUGUCAGUCGAACUCUUGUGUGGUGCAAAGAACUGACCUGAGACCGCCUGAUAAGGAGUCCAAGCCCACUGGUGUGGUUUGUUUGUCGUGUGAAAGUGAAGCUGAAUGUAGAUAUAUAUUGAUUGCAGUGAGAAUUCCAAAGCUAAAUUACUAUUAAAUUUGUCUUCUGAAACUGAUCUCAUAAGCAAUCUGUACAAGUAGUUUGGUAACCUUUAGAGCUAGCCAGUAUAUCACGUAUGCAGGUCACCAUGUGACUGGGAUUUUCCCUUCUACAUCAGAAAGUGAGUUCAAAGAGGUCGGUUGUGUAUUUUGACAGUUCCUGAUCAAGAAGUGAGUGAACUGUAGUUAUCACACCGUAACUAUUGUCUCCUUAACAUUACAGUUAAAGAUUCCGACCAAAUGAACCAAACUAUAGGUGUGAAAGCGACCAUAGCCUAGUUUUGUGCCCGACAGACUGGUUGAUCAGCAGCAAAGAUCUGCAUGUAGAAUCACUCAAUACCCUCAUACAUACAUACAUACAACACCCUUCAGUCAGAAUCUGGCUAUGAUGAACCCUGAAAAAUAAAGUAUUCCUGCACUGUCAGACCAGUUAGUGUAUUGAUAAUAACAUUGGCUGACUAGCAUUCAAACUGGACUGAAGAUAUUUCCAUCUUUUAGCAGACGAUGUCCAGAGGCAGAGCGUUCGUCUCUUAACACUGCAUUUCAGUUCUAGACAAAGAAACAUGACAUGGAUGCAGUUGCAGCAACACAUUUCCUCCCUACUUGUUCAUUGUGGUUGUCACCCGGUUGAAACCAGCCUUUAUAAAACACCUUUUAUUAAGUGAAGACUUUUAAGAGAAUGAGAGAUCUAUAGAUUUACUGAGUUUUCUAUUAGUGCCAUGAUAGAGCUGUAUUCAGAGCCAUUCAACGGUUGUACAGUUAUGUAAAAUAACAGAUAGUGCCGAGCCUGGAUGCGGACGUGCCCAUGAGGAUGACUCACACUGGCCUACACAACAGAGAGGGACAGGGAGUGAGGAAGACUGACUGUGUGUGUGUGUGUGUGUCUGUUAUUGCGUAUAUGUGAGUGUGUUUCAAUGAGUGCCAUAUGUGUGGAUGAAAAGUAAGGAAAGAUUGUGAUGAUAUGUCUUUUUCUCCCCUCAUUCUGCCUCUCCCUCCUCUCCCACACCCUGACCUCUAACCACAACUGGUUAGAAUGAACAUAACCAGAGAUUAACAGUGAUUGUUGUUUUAUGACUGUAUCACUCAAUGGACUUAACGUGAAGGCAAGCAGUUGACUAUGUGUAAUUAACCUUCACACUCCCAGAGGCAAAUGCAGAGAACCCAUUGAGCUAAAUCAUGUUUCAGGACCCAUAUUGGGUUAAAAAUAUGAAAACAAAGACUAAAUAUGCCUGGGAGGGAAUUUAGACACCUGGGCUAAAUUAGGUUUUUACAAAUGUUCAGAAGUAUUUUGCCUUCUCCUUUGCCUAAUGCAGAUCUGGCCACUACUUAAUGUAGCCUUGGUGAGAAAGAUAGUGGGUAAGAGAGGAAGUGUCUUUGCUGACAGUCUCAGUGAUUUCUUGUAUACUUGUAUAAUCAUGUAAGCCUGAUUUGAUCAUUGAUCAAUAAAACUGUUGUACACUUUGA